AUGAUUUAUUUCACCAAUUUACACCAAAUAAGUAUCUAUAAAUUUAUAAUAAUUAAUGAUGUAUUACUUUGAUAUAUUUCGAUAGGAGUGUAUUAAAUUUAUUAUUAAUAAAAUAUAAGUUUUUGAGAUUUACGAAAAAUUUAAAACAUUAAAGUUAAACUUAUAAUGGCUUCAAAAUUGAAUCAGUGUUCUGACUAUCAGAUAAUAGAUCUACUAUCAAAUUCAGAUGAAGAGGAACCUAUAAAUACAAUAGUAAAUAAUUUACCUAAGAAGAAAAAUAUCGAAGUACAAAACAUGGUAAAAAAAAAUAUGUUAAAAGUAACUUUAAAUAAAGAAGGUGCGAGCCUGUUGAGUCCUGCUAAGCAUGUUUUACCAAAAUGCGAUACUUUAAAGAAUGAAGAUGUUUCAAUUAAACUUAAGUUAAGACGAUCUACAGAACAAAGUUUGUAUAAAAUUGAUACAGAUUCUGAAUGUGAGAAGCUUACAACAAGUAAAUCUUAUGACAAGUUUUUAAAACAAAAGAAGAUAAGUCACUUAGAGUUAAAAGUUACAGAAUCUUACAAUGAGAAUAAAGAUGAUUCUGAUGAAGAAGUUGAUAUAAAUGAUAAGAAUAAAUUAAAAGUGAAACAAAAUGAAACUGAAGUAUCCAGAGGUACUAGAAAUAGAAGGCCACCAUCCAGAUUUUCUGCUUAUCAAUGUGAUAUAUUACCUGUGGUAAGAUCUUCCCCAUCUUUGAGAAGAAGAAAAACCAUUAAUUAUAAUGAAGAUAAAUUACUUGUUAAUUCUAUUAUAUCAAACAUGGAAACAGGGAAAAAAGUAUUAAGAUUAAAGGAAAAUAAAGAGUCAGGUAUUGCUUCUGAUAGUCAUAAUUCAAAAGAUGAAUCAUUAAAUUCAAAUACAAGGAACAAUAAACGGCAUCACAUUUCUUCUAUAAAAGAUAACGAAUAUGAUAGCAAUCCAAAAGAUGUGAAAAUAGUAAAAGUGAAGUCAAUAACAAAACCUGAUAUUUCUAAAAAAAAUAUAAAAAGUAUGUCCAAUUAUUCUCCAGAAAGAAAGGAGAACACAGAAAAAUCAGAUUUAUCAAUACCAAUAUGUAAUACUCCUACUCCUGUUAAGGCAAAUAACCAAAAGAGAAUGAUUUCUGAGAGUAAACAGAAAAACAUUCAAUAUAUUAACAAUAAUAAAGAUAACAGUGAAGAAGAACAUUUAGCUGAUAUGUACAAACGUAUUAAAAUUUCAUCAGCAGUUAAAACUCCAACUAGUACAAAUAAGAAAAAGAGAAUGGUUACUGAAGAGGUGUCUACUGAAUGGUUUGCUAAUACACCUAGAUAUAACAAAGUUUUGUCAGUAAAAAAAAAUAUUCUAACACCACAGAACCAAAAUAAUGUACAAAUAAGUAUAGAAUCUCGUUUAGAAGAAACUCAUUUGAGUACUCCAAAAUCGCGUUCAAUAAAAUAUAGUAAUUUAACACCAUCAAUGCGGAAAAGAAGUGGCUUUUUAUCAAAGCCAACCACACCGUUGCAAGAAGCUAGAUCUAGAUUACAUGUUUGUUCUAUACCUAAGUCGUUGCCUUGUAGGGAAGAGGAGUUCAAUAAUAUUUUUACAUUUCUCAGAGGAAAAUUGGAAGAUAAAAGUGGGGGAUGCAUAUAUAUAAGCGGAGUACCAGGGACAGGUAAAACUGCAACUGUAAAUGAAGCUGUGAGAUGCUUGCAGAAAUUGAACAGUAAAGGCCAGUUAGAUGAUUUUAAUUACAUUGCAAUCAAUGGUAUGAAACUGACAGAGCCAAGACAGGCUUAUGUACAAAUUUUAAAACAGUUGGACGGUAAAAUAGUUACUUGGGAGCAAGCAUAUCACAUACUUGAUAAAAGAUUUCAUAGGACCAAUUCCAAGAUGACAUUACUUCUUGUAGAUGAACUCGAUUUUUUGUGUACAAAACGACAGGAUGUUAUAUACAAUUUACUAGAUUGGCCAACAAAGGCAACAGCACAAUUAGUUGUUAUUACUAUAGCUAAUACUAUGGAUUUACCUGAGAGAGUUUUAAUGGGACGUGUUACAUCUCGUUUAGGCCUAACGCGAUUAACAUUUCAACCAUACAAUUACAAGCAGUUACAAGAAAUAGUGAUGUCCAGGCUUAAAGAUUUUAACGGUUUUCGAAGCGAAGCUGUACAACUCGUUGCACGAAAAGUUUCUGCUGUAUCCGGAGAUGCUAGACGAGCUCUAGAUAUAUGUCGUCGUGCUAUGGAAAUCGCAGAAUCACGAAAUGCCGAAACUAUUUCUCUUCAAGAUGUAACCGAGGCUGUAUCUGAAAUGAUCGCAUCAGCUAAAGUUCAAGCUAUUAAACAUUGUUCGAAAAUAGAGCAGAUAUUUUUACAAGCAGUAUCAGCUGAAGUUACACGGACUUCCGUAGAGGAAGUAUAUUUUAAGGAUGCAUAUUAUCAGCUUGAAUCGUUGUGUUCUUUUGAUGGCAUAGAAGUACCUACUGUGACAGAAACGCUCGCUGUUUGCGCGAGAUUGGGCGCUAGUAGAUUAUUAAUAUGCGAACACUCAAAAAACGAUAUAUACCAAAAACUUUUGUUGAAUGUCUCCGUAGACGACGUUCACUAUGCGCUACACGAACUAAAUUCACAUUUGGUGUGCGACUAGUGUGGUCUAAGCAGUGUCUUAAGUAUGC